AUACGUACGUGUGCUACGAUGCAUCGUUUGAACCGUCGCAGUCUUUAACUGUCGUUUGAUAUUGCGAAGCAAAUGUGAUACGCAAAGUUUAUGCGUCGCAUAUACGAACUUGUGUCGAUUUCUGUGUAACGGCUCCUGGCAAUCUCCGCUAAUGAAAUUGCGUCUGAAAAUGGCGCCGUUAGCUACUCGAGUAUCGCGAGGCCAAUUAGACGAACUGGAUGUUAAAACUUACCUAAAUAGGUGAAUCAUUAUAUGGGUGUGCGCACAGUUAAGUGAGGACUUCUAAUUUUCAGGUGGUUCGCUCGUUCUGAUCCAAGAGCGAUGACGGUUUUUUUUUUACAACAUUAUGAAGGAAAAAAAUGAGACGUGCUGCGCGAAGCUGCGAAACUUUCUGCAGCCGGCUGCUCAUCUUCGGGAUCUCUUCAGUGACGAACUUAUAUUGUGAUACGUCAUACUGUAAUAAUUCAGAUUUUACUUUAAAAUGAAGUCCUGGGUGAUACUAGCACUUCCUUGGUUAAUUAUGUCAUUGACGUGGACAUGGACAUUGGCACAAAUCAUAGAAAUAGCAGAAACAAGGAUGUCUGAAGAUAUCGUACCAGGAACCGAUCAAAUGAAAGGACAAUUGAGUGACACGAAUUUAAAAAAAAACUGCAAAUCAAAUGAGUGGGUGUUAACAAAUACAACACUACAAUGGAAUAAUAGAACCACAUAUCUUAAUUCUAGUAUUACAUAUAACAAGCCAGGACAACCAAUGUACACAAUUCAUAUUACAACAAGUGACUGUGAGAACCUCAUUUCUUGUUCUGGAAUACCACAUGUAUGGGUUGAAGGAGUUGAUUGCAAUGCCAGAAAUGUAUCAAAAACUUAUUCUGGUAUUUGUAAUGAUGCAAAGGUAGCAGGAAAUCGGGAACUACAAAAAAAAUGGUUAAUUUCUCGAUAUGGAAUGCUAAUUGGAAAUAUAUAUUUUAUUUUGAUAACUUGUCUUAAUCCAGAUGACAAUUAUUAAAGAAGAUGACAGUUCUGAAAGUAAUAAAACAUAAUAAAAAAUAAAUAAAUAAUAAAUAAAUAAAAAUAAAGAGAAUAUAUAAGAUAUUAAUCUCGCAAUAAGUGGAUUGCUAUACAUAUUAUACAGAUGAUAUUGUAAUCUAAUUAAACAAUAUGUACAAGUAUGUAUAUUAAAUAUUUUAAACACAUGAUACAGAGAUAAUA